ACUGAAUGGUUUAUUUCUAUCAUUUGGUGGUGUACUCUGAUAGGCUAGAGUCAAUUAACUCUGUGUUUGUUCUUUGAUUGGUCAUUCCCCAUUAACACUUACUCUGAUUGGCAGACUUAUGGAUAAUUCGUCAUCCUCUCUCUCUCUGGACAAAGACUUCAGAAGCCUCAGGUGAAACCUCCCUUCAUGAGAAGCUUCACUGUCUGUGUUAAUGGUAUUGUAUGUAAACGUUACAGGUUGCACCUGAAGAGUGAGUAUUGUUAUCUGUGAAAUACUAAACUAAGCCCUCAUGUGCCUGUGUUUCAGUCUGGAUGUGAAUGCACCAUUGUCUUCCACAAUGACACCUGCUUCACUUACCCUGUCACAAGCCGACAGCCCGACCAGUGGCAGCUUUACUGACUUCAUCCACAAGUUUCGGUGGACUCUGCUUGGUCUGGAGAAGGUGGAGUUGGGGGUGAGAUGCCUGACUGAGAGCUGGGCCAACUGGAUCCUCAACCUCAUCCACACGUGCCCCACUCUGAAGAAAGUAAAAUCACAAGCUUCAUUUGACUUUAAUGAUGGUCUCUUACUGGAGGAGGGGAUCAGUCUUCUGCGGGAGUCUCAUAGGCGUCCAGGUUGCACUGUGAUCCUCAGGGGGUUGAGAUGCACUAAACCCAGUGGUAAGUGUGGUGAGGAAAAUGAGCCCCGACUGGACUGCAACCAGCGUGUGGAGAUCCAAAUGAUUGGGCCAAAUGUCACUGAGGAGGAAAGGACUCUUCAUCACUGCCCUUUCACAUGCCACACAUGCGGUCUGCACAACAUUUGUCACUCAGGAGAUUCAGGACUAUAGGAGACUCCAGAUAUGGGGCCAAAUGUCACUCAGGAGAUUCAGGACUACAGGAGACUCCAGAUAUGGGGCCAAAUGUCACUCAGGAUAAAAACAGUCCACUGCUGUCCCCCACCACUUACAUCUAUCGGUUGCAACUUUCACAAAAGUUUUGAAUUCUUUCAGAAUAGAUUUUAAGAUUGUAUUGAUUACUUGGAGGGCUCUUCACGGCCUCUCUCCCAGCUACAUCUCUGAUCUCUUAGUCCCGCACCCGCCCAGGAGAUGGCGCUAACCCUAACCCUGAGGACAUCAGGUGGGUAGAGUCAGUGACUUCCUUAGAGUCUUAAAACACACUUUCAUAGAGUCAGUGACUUCCUUAGAGUCCCUUCUUAAAACACACUUUCAUAGAGUCAGUGACUUCCUUACAGUCUUUCUUAAAACACACUUUCAUAGGAGAGCCUUUCCUGGUUUUUCAUGAGUUUUAAUUUCCUUUGAAUUGUCUUUUAUUUCCUUUUUACUCUGUAUUGGUGGACCAAUCUAUUAUUUUUAUAUCGCCUAUCUAAUUGUUUCCUUUUCAAAACUGAUGAUUUCAUGUCUGUUUUAUUUUGCUGCUUCUGUGGAGCACUUUGUAAACGGUGUCUAUAAAUAAAGAUUAUUAUUAUAUGA